AUGACUUCACUCAAAACAUUCGAAUGCUUCAAUAACCUCCCAAAAGAACUCCGUAUUUUAAUCUGGGAGUACCACUUUGAAAGUGCUCGUAUUCACGUGAUCCAUCCCUCUCCUGAGAGUCAAAUGCGAAAUCCAAAGAGGGAGGUUCUUCUAUUUUGUUGUACCGUUCUAGACUCGGCUACCAAUCUCGUCAUUCUAGAUGAGCGACCUCCAUCUCCGUUGAUCAACCAUGAGGCUUAUGAUAUAGCUCUCUCGUGCAAGCGUAUCUGGACACCCGUUAUUUUCGGCAAGGAUCUUGCAGAUUCGGUUACAUCAGGUCGAGCUCGCGUGCCUCUCCAAUUCGCUAUAUCACUUGGAACCAAUAUAUAUGAUGAGUACAACGACACGCGGCAGCAAGCGCGCCCCGUCUAUGUUGACUGGGAACGCGAUAUGCUCUACCUCUGUGUCUCGAAUGCUGAGCAAGCGUUCUGGUCGAUGCGCUCCGUUCCUUGGCGAGAUAGCGUGAGGAAAUUGGCCGUUCUUGUACCACAGAGCGAAUUUGAUAGGGCCAUCCCGUUUGGUCCGACAGAUCCCAUCCGCGAAGUACUUGAAUCUAUGACGGAGCUCGAAGAAUUAUUCGUCGUGCUAGUUCCUCAGGCUGACGUUCUUGUCCCUGUUACUGCCCCUACUUCUAAAGCACUAACUAGUCUUUCAAGAGAUGAGUUCGGCUUCGUUCCAUACGUUGAGUAUCUCAAGAGGGCUGGUCUCGCAAGCAACCAUAUUCUUUAUGCUCGCACGGCUAUGUCAUUUCGUGAGGCCUUGGUAGACUUGCCUAAAAAAAUUAAGCUCAAGAGAGUUGUCGACGUGGAUUGCCUUACAUGUUCUUUCGGCUACUAUCGACGCAGUCUCAGCCCGUAUCUUUAG